UCAGCAGAACGAGCGGUGGAGCAAAGCAACGCAGCAUCCGCAAACGCAGCAUCCAGGAUGACGCCUGCACUCGAUGGAAGAAGCACGAGAAGGAAGUGUUGAGGAGAACAUGGAAGCGCUCCAAAGACGAGAGAGUAAGCUGUAAAGAAAAGACACAGCUGGAGUAAGAGUGGGAGAUGAGAGCGACCGAAGCAUCGCAGCUGUCUGUCUGAGAACCACUGCAGCAGCACUAAAUCUGGGACUGUCAGACCAACCCUCAGCAGAGCGAUAAGGGAGGAAGAGGCGAUUUGAAGAGCGGGUCUCAUCACUCUCAAGCGGCAAUGGGAUUCCCAAGAGCGGAUCAAAGUUUACACAGAAAAAAAGUGGAUCAUAAGUGUGAACUUUGUCUUCAGAAAAAUAGAGAUGAGCAAGUUUUGAACUCUCAUAUAGUGGAUUAGUGAGUGCUGCACUGCGUCCCAGUCGUGCGACCUGCGCUGUCAUCUUCCCAGGUCCUCCCUCGCAGCUGUCUCCUCUCGGUGAAUGUCCUUUCUGUGCGCUCUUCCACUGCUCGGCAGUUGAACACACUCAUGGUCGAUGCCAAGGGAAGGAACAUGAAAUGUCUGACUUUCUUCUUAAUGCUGCCUGAGUCAGUAAAAAGCAAGUCAAGCAAAAGCUCCAAGAAGGGGAAUGCCAGUGGCAGCCCCAAGCUGCCCCCAGUCUGCUAUGAGAUUAUAACUCUGAGGAACAAGAAGAAGAAGAAGAUGGCAGCGGACAUAUUUCCCACCAAAAAGCCGGCACCUGCCACAACUGUGCAACAGUACCAGCAGCAGAACCUCAACAACAACAACACCAUACAUAACUGUAACUGGCAAGGACUCUACUCCACAAUCAGAGAAAGAAAUUCCGUAAUGUACAACAAUGAGCUGAUGGCAGAUGUUCACUUUGUGGUGGGUCAGCCUGGUAGGACCAAGCGGCUGCCAGGACACAGAUAUGUCUUAGCUGUGGGCAGCUCGGUGUUUCACGCCAUGUUUUAUGGUGAACUGGCUGAAAACGACGAUGAGAUUCAUAUUCCGGAUGUGGAACCAGCUGCCUUUCUGGCAAUGUUGAAGUACAUCUACUGUGAUGAGAUUGACCUGAGCGCUGACACAGUCUUAGCCACUCUUUACGCUGCCAAAAAGUACAUUGUUCCCCACCUGGCACGGGCCUGCGUAAACUUCCUGGAGACCAGCCUGAGCGCCAAGAACGCCUGCGUGCUGCUCUCCCAGAGCUGCCUGUUCGAAGAGCCCGAGCUGACUCAGCGCUGCUGGGAAGUGAUCGACGCCCAGGCCGAGCUGGCGCUGCGCUCUGAGGGUUUCUGCGACAUCGACUCCCAGACCCUCGAGAGCAUCCUCCAGCGAGAGACACUCAACGCUAAAGAGAUUGUUGUCUUUGAGGCGGCGCUCAGCUGGGCUGAAGCGGAGUGUCAGAGACAGGAGCUCACCUUGUCUGCUGACAACAAGCGGAAGGUUUUGGACAAGGCCAUGUACCUGAUACGCAUCCCCACCAUGGCUCUGGAUGACUUUGCCAAUGGAGCGGCUCAGUCAGGCGUGUUGACACUUAAUGAGACCAACGACAUCUUCCUUUGGUACACUGCUGCCAAGAAGCCCGAACUUCAAUUUGUCAGCCAGCCGAGGGAGGGCCUGACACCCCAGCGUUGCCACAGGUUCCAGUCCUGCGCCUACCGAAGCAAUCAGUGGCGUUAUCGAGGCCGCUGUGACAGCAUACAGUUUGCUGUGGACAAACGGGUUUUCAUUGCGGGUUUCGGACUCUACGGCUCCAGCUGUGGAUCAACAGAGUACAGCGCCAAGAUAGAGCUCAAACGUCAGGGAGUGCUAAUGGGACAAAACCUCAGCAAAUACUUCUCGGACGGCUCCAGCAACACUUUCCCAGUGUGGUUUGAGUACCCGGUGCAGAUUGAGCCCGAUACCUUCUACACCGCUAGUGUGGUUCUGGAUGGGAAUGAGCUGAGCUACUUUGGACAGGAAGGCAUGACAGAGGUGCAAUGUGGGAAGGUGACAUUUCAAUUCCAGUGCUCUUCAGACAGCACGAAUGGCACAGGCGUGCAAGGAGGUCAGAUUCCUGAGCUGAUCUUCUACGCCUAACGUUUGCACUUGAGAUUUAAAAAAAAUGAUCACUUUGUGUAGCGUGGCCUGUUAUUUAUUUAUUUUCCCACUAUCGUUAUACGCUGUUUGACUAAUGAAAAAUGUCUUAUGUGUGUUAUGUGUGAUUUAGGUGAAUGAUUGCCCUGGUGAGGGCCAGAUGUAUGUCUCGGAUGUUGGCAUGUAGAAAUACAUAUACAGAUGAAAAUAUGAAGAAAUCUAUUUUGCACUUGAAGUGCAUGUACAUAUGGAUAUAUGUAAAUUGUUAAAUGUAUAUGAGGACACACUGAGGCUGACAGAAAUAACUUUUAUGAUAAAUAGCUACACUUAAUAUUAUUGCUAUGUUUGCAUUGAAUGCACAUAUAUAGCAGCAAUACGUCACAUUCUUCUGUAUUCUCUAAUGAGUUCAUGCGAUUAUCUGUAUAGAUUGUCAGCAUUGUAAUGGAGGGGAAUAUAAAUACAUCCACUUAUAGUCAAAGUAGUGUGUCACUCAUCAAGCAUUUGUAUUUGAGUGGUUGUGCUGCUUUUUGGUACUAUCAAUUUACUAAUGAUGAGAGGUCUUAGAUUAGGGAGCGCUAUGAGACACUUCUUACCCUCUGUAGCAUGAUGCUCUGCACUUACAAUCACCCCUAUCACAAUAACUCCAUCAGUGUUGUUAUGCUCACAGUAAAAUACAUAAAUGAUCUUUUUUUUAAAAAAAAGCGAAGCUAAGCUAUCCCCUUUCACUUCUAGAGGUUUCUCUCCUGUUUUUUCUUCUCUGACUGCAUUGCAGUCUAAUGUGUACUGCUAAUUGUUCUUGCACCUUAGGUUUGUUUCACAGGAACAAGAUCAAUGGUGGACUGUGUGUGUGUGUGUGUGUGUGUGUGUGUGUGUGUGCGUGCGCGCGUGUGUAUGUUUUGUGUGCGCGCCGGUGCGUGUGUAAAGCUGUCUCUCUUUCAGACUCGUCUUUGUUGAGAUGCAGCACACUUGAAGAGUGUGUACUGUGUGUUGCAGAAUUGCACUGAGGUUUUGUAAUCGAAGGUGUUAAUUUUCUUUAGUUGUUCUUCAAAAUAUAUGACGGUUUGAGUGAAAUUUAAAUCUUGUAUAAGAGCAUCUGCAGGUUGGUCUGACGAGGACUAAGGAUGGCGCUCAAGACGUGUUUACAUGCUGGGUGACUUUUGAAUGUGGAUGAUUGUUGAUGAAGCAAAUAAAGAACAACAAGAGAUAAUCA